AUGUAUAGAAAGAAGGAUUUUGCGGCUGAGUAUGCUAGGAUUAAAAAAAGGAAUAGAGGAUGUUGGGAAUACCUAGAAGAAAUUGGCGUCGAGAAUUGGAGCAGAGCUCAUUUUGCCGGCGAGAGGUAUAAUUUGAUGUCAUCUAACAUUGCUGAGUCCUUGAACAAUGCAUUGAUACCAGCUAGAGGUAGUCCUGUUGUAGCAUUGCUGGAGUUUAGUAGGAAAAUGCUAGCUAGGUGGUUUGAAUCACGUAGGAAAAAGAUUUUGAGAACUGUUGGUGAUAUACCUAUAGCAGUUGAAAGAGAGUUGUUGAAACGGUUCAAAGGAGGACUAGGGAUGGGUGUACUUGCUGUAGGAGAAUGGGAUUUCGAGGUUACAUCAAAGGAUGGAAAACAGUUCCUUGUGUCAGUGAAAGACAAAACCUGCUCCUGCAUGGAGUUUCAGAAGCUCAAGUUCCCUUGCACUCACGCAAUGGCUGCAGCUCAUGACAGGGGUUUGGAGUACAUGACACUUGUUGGACAGAUGUAUAGGAUAUCAACAUGGACUCCUACAGUAGGAACAUCUAUACUGCAUGUCCAAGAUCCAGCGGAAGUGAGUUGUCUGCUUGAGUCCUCCGAUAACGAGGAGACCACCAGGGAGACCCCCGAAGUUGCGCAUCCACUCUGCAGGAGAGGAAAUAAUAAGUCGAGGCAACCAAACAAGUGUGGACGUUGCGGUGGUUUUGGACACAAUAGGGUAACAUGUACUGCUCCUCUCCGAUGA